AGAGAGAGAGAGAGAGAGAGAGAGAGAACAGGAGUAGGAGAAGUAGGAGGAGGAGGAGAACUGGAUGAUUGCGACGUGUUUGUUCUUCUCGGACCAGGAAAAAAAAGCAAAAGGGAAGCAGGGAGAUGACAGCGGACGGUAUUUCCGGGCUCGAGCGCUUCGAGAGCGCGGGGAAGGGCAGGGGUCUGCGGGUGAACCGAGCGUUCCGGGUGGGCGAGCUGCUCUUCGUCUGCCCCGCGUACUCGCACGUGCUGUCGGUGAGCGAGCGCGGGUACACGUGCGAGAACUGCUUCGCGAGGUAAGACGUGGGGGUCUGUGUGCAUGCGGUACGUCUAGACAUGCGUCUAAUGGCACGAGGGAAGUUAUUUCUAUGGAAGGGACGCGCUUUUGCGCAUGGACGCGCGCUCGGUGGGGACGCGGCAGAAAAGAGGGCCUUUCAAAAUGUGGCAAAUGCAAGAAAGCGUUCUACUGCAACGUGGAAUGUCAGCGAAGCGACUGGGCGAUGCACAAGCUGGAAUGCUCGGCCAUGUGUUCGUUCGGGGAGAGCUGGUGUCCUUCAGAGACGGUCCGUUUGGUGGCUCGGAUACUGAACCGCAUGAAAGUUCAGAAAGAGACGAGCACAUCGGAGAAACUUCUUCUGUUAAAGGAUCUGGAGGCCAACCUGGAUAAGUUGGAUAACGAGAAAAGGGAGAUGAACGAGGCCGACAUUGCCGAACUGCAUCACUUCUACUCCAAACAUCUGGACUUCCCUGAUCAUCAGGCUCUGCUCAAUCUGUUUGCUCAGGUGCACUGUAAUGGUUUCACGGUGGAGGACGAGGAGCUCUCCCAUGUCGGAUCAGCUCUGUUCCCUGAUGUCGCACUGAUGAAUCACAGCUGCUGCCCCAACGUCAUAGUCACCUACAGAGGGACUUCAGCAGAGGUGCGAGCUGUGAAGGACAUCCGCCAAGGGGACGAGAUCUACACCAGCUACAUUGACUUGCUUUACCCAACGGAAGACAGAAUGGAGAGACUCAGGGACUCGUACCACUUCACCUGCGACUGCAAAGAGUGCAAAACAAAAUCCAAGGACAAGGUAAAGCUGAAGUUGAGAAAGGUGGGCGGUGAAGAACCACGCUCCGAGGAAAUCAGGGAAAUGCUUCGCUACGCAAGAAACGCCAUCGAAGACUUCAGGCGAGCCAAGCAGGAGAAAACCCCUGCAGAGCUGCUGGAGAUAUGUGAGCUCAGCAUGGACAAAAUGAGCUCCAUGUUCGAGGACUCCAACGUCUACAUGCUGCACAUGAUGUACCAGGCAAUGGGAGUGUGUAUGUACAUGGAGGAUUACGACGGAGCCGUGAGCUACGGAGAGAAGGUCAUAAAGCCGUUUAGGCAGUUGUAUCCCGCCUACUCCCUGAACGUCGCCUCGAUGUACCUGAAGCUGGGGAGACUCUACACUGCUCAGGAUCGACCGUCCGCUGGAUCCACCGCCCUCAAAAAGGCUUUGGCCAUAAUGGAGGUGGUUCAUGGAAAGGAUCACGUCUAUGUUACAGAGCUGAAGAAAGAGAUCGGCAUUCACCAAAAAUAACAAAGAACAAACUUUGAUGGUACUGGCCGUACAAAUUAAAGAACUUUUUUUCUGUACUCUCCAGGGCCAGGAAUUUCUAGACCUGGAGACUCAAUACUUCUUACCAGGAGUGGAAAGGGUAAACGAGUAAAAGAGUAGCUCAGUGAUACUGUAUUGGUUUUUUAUUUUUUAUUUCAUUGUACAUUUUUUUGUCCGCCCAUCACACUAGCUAAACUAGCCAACAUGAAACAAAUAAAAAACAAAAUUCAA